GGUAUGUGAGUGACGGACGAUAUAAAAGAGACGCCGAACAAGAAUUGCUGGUAAAGUGGCUUUGGCUGUUACCACAGACGAACCUCCCCUUCCCCUCCAAAUUUUUCAUGUCCAUCUUGCCCUCACAAGCUCAGGAAUCACCCUCGUCGCGUUCUCAAUCUCCGAUAUCUCCAAACCCUAAUCCCCAAUAUGGAAACCUCUCUCUACCCUGUCAUUCUCCCCCAUCCAUCUCCUCUCCUAUCGGUCAAGUUCCAUCCGUCGGAUCUCGCCGGAUCUCCGAUUCAACAACUCCCGUCGCUAUACCCGACGUUGAUUCAGGUCCAUCGACUCCAGCUACAGAAGAUUCUGGUGGACCUUCCGAAAAGGUGACUGAGUUGGGAUCUCCAAGUGGUAUGAAGAGUUCACCUCACCAAAACUCCAGAGUACAUUCCCAAAGCCAGUCAAGAAGGCGGGCCCCUAGAUUAUCUCAGUCAGCAGGGAAGAUGACAGGAACAGUUUCUUCUCCUGGAGAUCUGCAAAAUACUAGGUCUUUUAAUCCACAUGGAAGCACCCCCUCAGCAGGAAGAAAACCUCAGAUGGUUAAUGGUAAUCACUUGCUGAACUUUCAUUAUGAUCCCAUAUCUCGUCCUCAAGCAAGGGGUCCUCCUCCUCCACCACCAAGAAGGCAGCAGAAGAAAAAGCCAUACAACAAAGAUUUAUUUUUACAGGCAAAUUACAAAUUCGUGGUGUUAGAUUCCGGUGACUAUUCACCGGAGUCUUUAGACCCAGAUAAAAUGUUACAGUGGGAAGAUAUUGUAUGUGUGAGGUAUUCCACUCCAUUCUUGGUUCAGUGUCCAAUUUGUUUGGAGUAUCCUCUUUGUCCGCAAAUAACCUCCUGUGGGCAUAUUUUUUGUUUCCCUUGUAUCUUACAAUAUUUGAUGAUGGGUGAAGAGGAUCACAAGGGUGAUUGCUGGAAAAGGUGUCCCUUAUGUUUUGUCAUGAUAUCUGCAAAGGAUUUAUAUACCAUCUACAUUGAAAAUGUUAAGCAGUAUCAAGUGGGAGAUAUCGUCGAGUUCAGACUUUUAACUCGAAAAAAGGACUCUUUUACCCUGUCUGAUAAAAAUAAGGAGACAGAAGUCUCAUCACGUGGCGAUAAUAAUUUGUGUGACCCAUUUUCCAAGUUCACACUCACAUCAGAUGUAGAUCUCUCAGUGAGACAGGCAAUAUCGGAUCUAGACGGUUGGCUGGCCAAAGCUGAUUCUGGUCUUGUUGAUGACUUGGAGAAACUUCCAUAUGUUUGUGCUGCAAUGCAACAAUUAGAACAGAGGAAGAAGUAUUGGAAUGAGCACAGGGCCUGUGAUGUUGGCAAAUCGUCUAGGCUUAUUGAUUGUGGACACCAUAAACCAUCAACAGUUAUGAACAGCACUGAUGUUGAUAAUGAAACCCGGUCUUAUGGAUCUGGAUCUACCUCUACAGAUUUCCAUGACCAAAGCAAAGGUAUAAUAAUGGAUAAUUCAAAUGCAAGAGCCUGUCCAGCUCAAACUUUGGAUGUGGAGAGAAAAGUAUUAGAUCAAGAAAUUAAUCUAUCUUCUUCCUAUGAGGGGAAAAAUGAAAUUCAAAGGCAUCCAAAUGGUUCUGGAGAUUCAAAGGAGAGUGACUCGUACAAUUUUUACCAGGUUGCGGAUGGUCAGCAUCUCAUUCUGCAUCCCCUGAACAUGAAAUGUCUACUUCACCAUUAUGGAAGCUAUGAUAUGCUUCCACACAGAAUAAGUGGAAGGAUUUUGCAAUUGGAAACAGUCACUCAGUCAGAGGCAAUGAGGAGGCGGUACCGAUAUUUGAGUCAUUUUCCUUUAACAGCAACAUUUCAGCUUUGUGAAAUUGAUUUGAGUGAGAUGCUGCCCUCUGAAUCCCUGGCCCCAUUCAUGGAUGAAUUGAAGAAGCGUGCAAACCACAGGAAGCAACUGACAAAGAAGGAGCGAAGAGAGAAAAUCAAGGCUGAAGCUUCUUCUACGCAUUCUAUUCCCAUACCAACCGGUUCUCGUGAUAAUUCUCCACCAUUCUCCAUGGAUGAUUUUGAAGCUUUGGGAAAUUCGGAUGUAACAUCAAGUCCUCCUGUUGUUGGGGGAAGAAGUUUGUUUUCAAAUGUCACAAGACUUGGUUUUGCUGCUGGUCAUGAUUCUCCAUCCUUGAACGUUCAAGAAACUGUUGGUCUACAUAAUCAUAAUGUUACAACUGAAUCUUCUGGCUUGACAGGUCUGAGAAAUGUGGAGACAUCAUCGUUUGCCAAUGUUAUAUCUAGAGCAGAGUCUACUAAUAGCUUAAAUGCACCCAAGACAAGUGACUUAGGUAAGAAGGGGAAGAAACCAACUAGAGUUCUUAUGUCAACAGCUGGGGGCAGGCGCUACUGACCAUCAUAUCAAUGACUUUAUGCUGGGAGUUUUGAAUAUCUCUUGUCAUUUUGCUAGCCCGCUAGGUUUGUCGCCCUGGAGGAGUUUUUCGCAUUGGGAGUAUUACUUAUCAACCUUUCCAGUGUAUGGAGAGCUCGUAUUUUGUGUUAAAGGCUGACUUGUAGAUACCUUAGACUGUUGCAAACAGGAAUAUAUGUUUUCACCAAUAUACAAGACGUGGCUGUUUAAGUUCAGUUGAAUGGGUUGUCGUGUUCCCAAAAUUGUGCCUCCGGAAAGUCUCUUAAUGCUGUUUUUAGUGCAGAGCGUUGAUAUAUGGUUGAGAACGGCACGUGGGGAGUCCAAAAUGUUGGAAACGCUCUGGGGGUGUGUGCGAGUUUUCAGGCAGCGUGAAUCCAGCCAUGUUUUGUUGCUGGGGAUUUAUGUGGGGGAAAAGUGUUGGCGGCCUGGAUCGGCAAGUAAUCUGUUAAUUUCUGGGUUGGAGUAGGGGAUUGCAGUGACACUAACAUUCACUUGAAAAAUUAAUAGCGACCUCAAUUGGUAAAUUUUUAUUCG